AUGGACUGUAUGCGUGAUGGCUUUGUACAAGGAAAGUUACUCGGCGAUAGGUUCCUGACAGUCUCGCCGCUCAAUCAUGGCUCUUUCGGAAUGGUCUUUGCCGCCAAAGACACCAUCACCGGCGAUGACGUGGCUAUCAAAUGCAUACCCAAGGCUGGAGCCCCGCAGCACAGCGCCUGCCCUACUGCUAUUGCUAUCGAUGAGCGCUCGGAAGAGCUCGCUAUCCACUCUCGACUCAGCUCGCACCCCAAUAUUGUCAAUUUGAUCCACCAUUUCGAGACGGACCAUCAUCAAUACAUGGUGAUAGAGCUUUGCAGCAAUGGUGAUUUGUACGAAGCUAUCCGGCUCGGUCGUGGCCCGCUCGAGACGGAGCAUGUUCGAGACUUCAUGCUGCAGCUGGUCAGCGCAAUCGACCACCUCCACUCCAACGGCGUGUAUCACCGCGACAUCAAGCCCGAAAACAUCUUCCUCACGUCGAGCGGUACCAUGAAGCUUGGCGACUUCGGGCUCGCGACGAUGGACACGUGGUCGACAGAGUUCGCUGUUGGCUCAGACCGCUAUAUGUCACCAGAGCAGUAUGAUUCAUCUGUCUAUGGGUACGGAUACUCGCCUGCGUCUGCAGACGUUUGGGCCAUCGGCAUUGUGCUGCUCAACGUACUAUUUCAGCGCAACCCUUUCGCUACGCCAACCCAGAAGGAUCCAUUGUUCGCCGACUUUGCCCGCAACCGAGAGACAUUGUUCGAUAUCUUCCCGAACAUGUCACAGGAUACCUUCAAUAUCCUAGUGCACUCGCUGGCUCUUGAUCCUGCAUACCGUUCUCUGGCCGCAGUACGCGAUGCUCUCACAAGAGCCACUACCUUCACUACGGACGACGAGACCUUGGACGACUUCUGCACAACUGACCACAUUGCUUUGGUCCCAAUUGCUACUGCUGCUCGGGAACCGCUUCGCACCCCGUCCAUUACCAGCCCACAAGCUGGCACAGAUUCCUUCCCAUGGGCUGCAAGUGCGCUUAAGACGCCACAAAAGACACCGCGCCAACUGUCGACUAUUCGCGACGAAGAGCUGUAUCCUGCCUCUGUCAAGUCAUCCGAGUGGCAAUACAUCGACACUGAUGAGGCUUCGCUCUCCUCCAAUGUUGACUCUGGCCUUGGCAUGUCGUACAAGUCGGCCAAGUCGUCCGUCUCGAAACCGUUGUCAACCUUCAUUGGAUCUUUGCCAAUCAGCUUCUCGCGACCUGGUAGCAAGCUUGCUACGCUAAAUGGGCCUAAGAGUGGUGGCUUUUCGAAGAGCUGGAGUGACCUAUACGACGAAGAUGAGGAGAUCAAUCAGCAAGAGGCGACGUCUUCUGAAGCCGGCAUGAACGUUGAGCGCGUCGAUACCGCCAAGCCGAAUACUCCUCACCUACAUGCCAUUCGCGAGGAGGGUCGUGGGAGCAUUACGCCGAGGCAGGGUCUGGCUCGUACAGGUCUUGCUGAGAUCGACGUCAACACGCGCUCCGGCACUGCAAGCCCGCUCCGUCAAUUAGUUGAAGCCGACAAGAAGGUUGAGCAGACGCAGUCACCCAAGCAACGUUCGAACUCAAUCAUGGAUAAGUGGGCUGCUUUGGGAAAUUUCCGUCGCGCUCGUGCAGAGGCCACUGCUCCGUCAUCGACCAUUGUCACCCAACCAGCUACGAUCACCCCACAGAAGACUAAGUACUCCGACAACUUUUCGAACUUCACGCCGUUCUCGAGCAGCAGAAGGCAACGGUCGCAAGCCGAUUCUCAUGAGAAGACCAGCAGCUGGCGUCAAGGCAGUCCCACACGACUUCGCUCUACAUCCGUGAACAACAGCCGCGAGAGAACUUUUCUCAAUACCGAAUUUGAUGACUGCGAUGAUGAGAUCGGAAUGGAUUCCGAUGUUGAGUGGGUUGGGGGUUGGAAAGACUUCCAUCUGUGA